UUCUCUUCCUUUUUUCCUUUGUACUUGCCUUUUGCAACCUGCUGAUGUGUGGCUGUGUCCAAUUGCACCUGAAUUCCUUCAUUUUUCUCACCUACCAUCAAAAAGUUUCCCUGCAGGUGGAUAUUGUUCCCAGCCAAGGGGAAAUCAGCGUUGGAGAGUCCAAAUUCUUCCUGUGCCAAGUGGCAGGGGAUGCCAAAGACAAGGACAUCUCCUGGUUCUCCCCCAACGGAGAGAAGCUCAGCCCUAACCAGCAGCGCAUCUCCGUGGUGUGGAAUGACGACUCUUCUUCCACUCUCACCAUCUACAAUGCCGACAUUGACGACGCCGGCAUUUACAAAUGCGUGGUCACUGAUGAGGACGGCAGUGAGUCUGAAGCCACGGUCAAUGUCAAGAUCUUCCAGAAACUCAUGUUCAAGAAUGCACCAACCCCGCAGGAGUUCAGGGAGGGAGAAGAUGCUGUGAUCGUGUGUGAUGUGGUCAGCUCCCUCCCCCCAACCAUUAUCUGGAAGCACAAGGGCCGAGAUGUCAUCCUGAAGAAAGAUGUUCGAUUCAUAGUCCUGUCCAACAACUACCUGCAGAUCCAAGGCAUCAAGAAAUCAGAUGAGGGCACUUACCGCUGUGAGGGCAGAAUCCUGGCACGGGGUGAGAUCAACUUCAAGGAUAUUCAAGUGGUUGUGAAUGUGCCGCCCACCGUCCAGGCCAGGCAGAGUGUUGUGAAUGCCACCGCCAACCUCGGCCAGUCUGUCACCCUGGUAUGUGAUGCCGACGGCUUCCCAGAGCCCACCAUGAGCUGGACAAAGGAUGGAGAACAGAUAGAGAAAGAGGAAGACGAUGAGAAGUACAUCUUCAGCGAUGACAGCUCUGAGCUGACCAUCAGGAAGGUGGGUAAGGACGACGAGGCCGAGUACGUCUGCAUUGCUGAGAACAAGGCUGGCGAACAAGAUGCGUCCAUCCACCUCAAAGUCUUUGCAAAACCCAAAAUUACUUACGUCGAGAACCAGACUGCCAUGGAACUGGAAGAGCAGGUCACUCUGACCUGUGAAGCCUCAGGAGACCCUAUUCCCUCCAUUACCUGGAGAACCUCCACUCGAAACAUCAGCAGUGAAGAAAAGACCCUGGAUGGGCACAUGGUGGUACGCAGCCACGCCCGCGUGUCAUCCCUUACCCUGAAGAGCAUCCAGUAUACAGACGCUGGAGAAUACAUCUGCACUGCCAGCAACACCAUUGGCCAGGAUUCCCAGUCCAUGUACCUUGAAGUGCAAUAUGCCCCCAAGCUACAGGGGCCCGUGGCUGUGUACACGUGGGAGGGGAACCAGGUGAACAUCACCUGCGAGGUGUUUGCUUACCCCAGUGCUACAAUCUCAUGGUUCCGAGAUGGUCAGUUGCUACCAAGCUCCAACUACAGCAACAUCAAGAUCUACAACACACCCUCAGCCAGCUAUCUGGAGGUGACCCCGGACUCAGAAAAUGAUUUUGGGAACUACAACUGCACUGCCGUGAACCGCAUUGGACAGGAGUCUUUGGAGUUCAUCCUUGUUCAAGCAGACACCCCAUCUUCACCAUCCAUCGACCAAGUGGAGCCAUACUCUAGCACGGCACAAGUGCAGUUCGAUGAGCCUGAGGCCACAGGUGGAGUGCCCAUCCUCAAAUACAAGGCUGAGUGGAGAGCAGUUGGUGAAGAAGCCUGGCAUUUCAAGUGGUAUGAUGCCAAAGAAGCCAGCAUGGAAGGCAUUGUCACCAUCGUGGGCCUGAAGCCCGAGACGACAUAUGCUGUACGACUGGCAGCCCUCAACGGCAAGGGGUUGGGCGAGAUCAGUGCAGCGUCCGAGUUCAAGACGCAACCAGUCCGGGAACCCAGUGCACCUAAGCUCGAAGGGCAGAUGGGAGAGGAUGGGAACUCUAUUAAGGUCAACCUGAUCAAGCAGGACGACGGCGGCUCCCCCAUCAGACACUACCUGGUCAAGUACCGAGCGAAGCUGUCCUCCGAAUGGAAACCAGAGAUCAGACUCCCAUCCGGCAGUGACCAUGUGAUGCUGAAGUCUCUGGACUGGAAUGCUGAGUAUGAGGUCUACGUGGUGGCUGAGAACCAGCAAGGGAAAUCCAAGGCGGCUCAUUUUGUCUUCAGGACCUCGGCCCAGCCCACAGCCAUCCCAGCCAACGGCAGCCCCACCUCAGGUCUGAGCACCGGUGCCAUCGUGGGCAUCCUCAUUGUCAUCUUUGUCCUGCUCCUGGUGGUCGUGGACAUCACCUGCUACUUCCUAAAUAAGUGUGGCCUGCUCAUGUGUAUCGCAGUCAACCUGUGUGGGAAAGCCGGGCCCGGAGCCAAGGGCAAGGACAUGGAGGAAGGCAAAGCCGCCUUCUCGAAAGACGAGUCCAAGGAGCCCAUUGUGGAGGUUCGAACCGAGGAAGAGCGGACCCCAAACCACGAUGGUGGCAAACACACAGAGCCCAACGAGACCACGCCACUGACGGAGCCCGAGCUGCCUGCUGAUACCACAGCCACUGUCGAGGACAUGCUGCCUUCUGUCACCACCGUCACCACUAACUCUGACACUAUCACCGAAACCUUUGCCACUGCUCAGAACAGCCCCACCAGUGAGACCACCACCCUGACCUCCAGUAUUGCCCUGCCGGCCACUGCCGCGCCAGACUCAAACUCUGUGCCCACUGGUCAGGCCACCCCUUCCAAGGGGCCCGGCGGCUCAGCUUCCACUCCACCCCCAGCUUCAGCCCCCAAGGUCGCCCCCCUCGUUGACCUAAGCGAUACCCCAACCUCAGCCCCUGCAGCUAGCAAUUUGUCCUCUAGUGUCCUGGCUAACCAAGGGGCCGUCCUCAGCCCCAGUGCCCCUACUGGUGUGGGGGACACCUCCAAAGUUGCUCCGGCCAACAAGCCGGCCCCUGCAUCAGCCCCAGCCCCAGCUUCUGCUGGUGCAGCCAGUCCCCUGGUGGCAACAGCUGCCCCUGCUACAGAAGCCUCCCAGGCCAAGCAGGAGGCUCCCAGCACCAAAGGCCCGGACCCGGAGCCCACCCAGCCCGGCGCCGCGAAGAGCCCACCUGAGGCAGCCACAGCCUCCGCUAGCCCGAAGAGCGAGGCUGCCUCCGUCAGCGCCACAAACCCUGCCCAGGGCGAGGACUUAAAAAUGGACGAAGGGAACUUCAAGACCCCAGAUAUUGACCUUGCAAAGGAUGUUUUUGCAGCCCUGGGCUCUCCUGCUCCCGCCACUGGGGCCAGUGGACAAGCCCCUGCGCUUGCUCCUUCCACUGCAGACAGCUCUGGGUCGCCAGCGCCAGCAAAGACCGAGAAGGGCCCUGCGGAAGCCAAGUCCGAGAGCCAGGAGUCAGAAACGAAGCCAGCGCCAGCCGAAGUCAAGACGGUCCCCAACGACGCUACACAGACAAAGGAGAAUGAGAGCAAAGCAUGAUGGGCGACGAGCCAGGAGCAGAGAGCAAAACCUAACGUGGCACAGCAGCUUCACCGGAGCGUUUCCUGUAUCCCAUAGACACACACACACACGCACACACACACACACACACACCUCAUUCCUCUAGUGUCUCUUGCCUUUUAAGAAAAACUAAAACAGAUAAAUAUGGGAUCUCCUUUUUUUGUAGGUUUAUAGAAAGUGUCCCUUUCUUGCGCACUCACUUGUAAGAAAAUGAGACAAUAAGGUUAAACCCACAGCCAAACUAGGACACUCUGUUCCCUGAAACCAUUUGAAAAAAAAAAUCAAACAAAAAGACCCCAAAUUAAGAAUCUAGGAAGCUC